AUCCUGGAGCUGGCGGGCAACGCGGCCCGCGACAACAAGAAGACGCGCAUCAUCCCCCGCCACCUGCAGCUGGCCAUCCGCAACGACGAGGAGCUCAACAAGCUGCUGGGCAAGGUCACCAUCGCACAGGGCGGGGUGCUGCCCAACAUCCAGGCUGUGCUGCUGCCCAAGAAGACCGACAGCCACAAGGCUAAGGCCAAGUGAAAGUUGAGGAGUGAUCCCAUCUCCAAGGAACCCAAAGGCUCUUUUCAGAGCCACCCACUUCCUCAGAAAGGAGCUGCAGAUCCCAAAAACAUCUGUGUUUGCUUUGCUGUUAAAAGUCAGGUGUUGGCAUAAAGAUAGCAUGUUAGGGUAAACACUAGAUG